GCAUGCAGGUAUAUAGGACUGCCCAUAUAUCAAUGUAUUUGUGUGUUGAUUGAGCGCAUAUAAAAGGGCCCACAACCUUCGGAGUUAGCAUCAGAACUCAAGCAAGCGAGUGCUAGUGAACAUCCAUUAGUAGCGCUUCCUAGUCCACAGUCAUUUUAAUUUGCAGUCAGCAAACGAUCUUAAUCGAGAUGAAAGUCGCCAUGCUUACUUUUGCAUUCGGGAUAUUCGCAGUAGUGUCCUGUACCAGUGCUAGCAGUAAUGCUGUAACUUACAUCACUACACCGCUCUUACGCGCCUAUCCGUAUGUCUAUAAUGCCCAUAACACCCAGGACGGCUUGGGACAAUAUGCUUACGGCUACGCAGAGCCUCACUCGGCCAAACAAGAGGUGGUUCGCUAGACGGCAUNGCGUUCGCUAGACGGCAUUACACGUGGUUCGUAUAGUUAUCGUGACGCCGCAGGAAAGUUACAAACCGUAGAUUAUACCGCCGAUGACAAUGGUUUCCGUGUGGCCGCCACCAAUUUACCUCGUGCCGCAGCCGCAGAGCAAUUGCAACAACACCAGCAGCCCUUUCGUGCGCAAGAAACGUCAAAUGGAGUUCCCCUUGCCGCCGAUGUUGCAGCAGCCCGUUACAUUCACGCUUCAGCUCAUCGGGAGGCUUUACUGCGCUUGGGAGCGAGGGGUAACCCUAGUGGCAAAUCCGCUGCAGCUAGGUCAGAUACUGGGUAUAUACAAUUGCCUCAGCCCGUGGAUGAUACAGUUGCCGUGGCCGCUGCAAAGGCAGAUCAUCUUAGACGACACGCACAGGAGAAACAAUUACACGAACUUAUUCAUCAAGGGCGAGAUAUUAGCCCCAUAUCGAAUAUUAUAACUCCAAGUAUUUACCGUUACGGUUACCCAUUGAGGUACCAUUACUAUUAGAAAUAUUUUCGAGAUUCGACAAGUAAUGUACCUAAGGUUGUUUAAUAAAGAGAUAUUUUGUGAA